AUGUUUGGUCGAUUUUUUCAUUUAAUGAUCGAUGCUGUUAUCAUCAGUGUCGCUUUGAGCGGUAUCAAACGUAGUACUGGCCUAACGCCUGCUAUACGUAGAUUACCCAACAAAGAUUUACGAAAUCUUGUUCGAGUGUAUUUGGAAACGGGAGAAUGGCUCAUGGAUCUAUCAGUCGUGGUUAUGGGAAGAUCGAACUACUUUGAACGUAUCCGCUAG